GUUACGGUCGUUCAGGCUGGUUCGUUGCGACGUGACGUCACGAAGAAAAGGAAAACAUGGCUGAAGGGAGUAUUGCAGAUGUGACUGCUUAGCCCUUCUCGCACUUAUUAGAGCAAUUUAUCGCUUCUGAUUGGAAAUGAUAUCAUUCUUCGUACAGGUGUCAAUUACCAAGUUGUGAGCAACUUUACGGCCGGGUAACAACUAGAAGAUCACCAUGGACGAUUUCUUACCCCAACUCAAUACCACGGACACCAGAACCAAACUGCAGUUAGGCACCGACAUCGUCAGCUUUCUUCAGGAUGAGUCGAACUCACUGGAGUGCUCUGACAUCGGUCAUUUCAUUGAUGGCCUUGUCCCCUGGCUAGGCAGCAGUCAGUUCAAAGUCGCCCAGCACGGCCUUGAGGCCUUCAGUUUGCUGGCGGAAAAAAUGGGUACAGACUUCAAGCCCUACAUGACGAUUGUCCUACCACCCGUUAUUGAUAGAUUAGGUGAUAGUAAAGAUUUGGUCAGGGAAAAGGCCCAGGUGGUGCUGAACAAAAUUAUGGAAAAUGUUUGCUCGCCGCAGCAAUUAUUUGAUCGGCUGGCUCCUGCGUUUUCUCACAAAAAUGGCAAAAUCCGGGAAGAGCUAAUGGAUUGCCUGCAGCGGACUCUGCGAGAGCAUGGUUCCAACGCUCUAAGUUUAUCAAAGCUGGUGCCUACUGUUGCCAAACUGUUAAGUGACCCAGUAGCCACGGUCAGAGACAUGGCUUUCAGCACCCUGGUGGAAAUUUAUCGACACGUCGGAGAGCGACUGAGAGUUGAUCUCGUCAAAAAGCAGCUCAUUCCAGCAACAAAAUUGCCUGCAUUGCUGAACCAAUUUGAUGAACUGAAAAAUAAUGGUGAACUUUUGCCGUCUGCAUUGGUUGAAGGUGGGUCUAGAUAUGACGAUGAACCGGACAGAGUUGGGAUUGGUACCAAAAGUCGAUCAGGGAGCCUUCCGAGACGAGCUUUCGCCACCCCAGGCAAACCGGCAGCAACAGGCCCGAGCUCAGUAUCGGGACUACCCCCACCAUCAGCCACAGUGAGAAGAAACACAUCACUCAGAAGAGCCGCCUCAAGUGCAGGAGGUCAAGCUGGUGCCUUGGACGAAGAUGCAUUCAUUCGGCAGUUUGACGAAGUGCCCACCGUGCAAUUAUUUUCAGCCAGGGAUUUGGAUGAGCAAUUGGCUCAGCUCAGAGCCAUAAUUGAAGAUGUCAACAAAGACUGGUCCAAACGAGUUGAUGCUCUCAAGCGCAUCCGAUCUGUCAUGCUGGCUGGAGCGACAGACUUUGACGAUUUAAAAGAACACCUCCGCCUAUUAGAACCAGCAUUCAUAGCAUCUGUUAAAGAUUUGAGGUCUCAGGUUGUAAGAGAGGCUUGCAUAACCAUUGCUUUCCUCUCUCAAACUCUGCACAACAAGUUAGAUCAUUUUGCCGAGAGUGUUCUCCCAAACUUGAUCAACCUUAUACCAAACUCCACCAAGGUGAUGGCGUCCUCCGGAUUUGUAGCCGUCAGGUUUAUCAUAAGCCACACACAUGUGCCACGUUUGAUACCCAUUCUGACUAAUGCCUUGACCUCAUCUAAAGCCAAGGAAAUCAGAAGGGCUUGUUGUGAGUUCUUGGAGCAAAUGAUGAGCUCUUGGCCAACACAUACUCUGGAGCGGCAUAUCAACAUCUUGCAGGAAGCAAUCAAAAAGGGAAUAGCAGACGCUGAUCCCGACGCUCGUCUCUUAUCCAGAAGAGCUUACUGGGGAUUCCAAUCCCACUUUCCCGACCAAGCGGACAGUCUACUCAACUCGUUGGAUGGUGCAUAUAAACGGCAGCUGCAAAUGGAGGGUCCAACAAUGUCAGCCUCCAGCUCGAGCAGCUCUUUGCAUCAAGACAGGGGCCGUGGUGCCAUCCCUAGGUCUAGAGCGUCCAGCGUCACAGGUAGUGCCGAGAAUCUCUACAGAAACACGUCCCAUUCGGGAAUGGUUCUGCCACGUCGGUCAGGCAUUCCUGUACUAGCAAAGUGUGACUCAGACCGUCAAAAUCCUAUGGCCUCCCCUCGUCAUAGACCCAUUACGUCAGGAACUUCAACUCCUGUUCAGCUACGUUCCAAUUCAGCUAUCGAUCUUCAGGCAGCCCAGAGAGCUAGGGCUCGAGCCCAGUAUGCCGCAGCUGCACGCCUUAAAGUUGGUUCCGGUGCUUCAUUACGAGAUGAAUUCGCAGCACGCCAACGCAAGUCCUCUGAUUCUGGUGUGAAUGCCAACAAUAUAACGUCUCCAGAGAGAUUGGGACGGACUAGAACAAGAGUAGCUGGAGUAUCGCAAUCGCAACCAACUAGUAGGUCAGGCUCCCCCUCUUCUAGACUGAGUUAUGCAACUUACCGGGAAAAUAAUACAAUACUAGACUCCGCACCAAUGUCCAUGGGCUCCAUUGGCCGUCCUAGAAGAAUGGGUGGUGGCAUUCCCAGAAGUCAAGGGGCCAGCAGGGAGGGAAGCAGGGACCCUAGUCCUAAUCGCUAUAGUGGACUCGCAUUUGGCUCAAAGUUGAGAUCUAGAACCGGACUGACAUUUGGUACACCACAAUCAAGUGGAAUGAGCUAUGGAAGUCCACAAUCAGGCCAGAGAACUGUGAUGGCACAGAAAAUAUUGCAACAGAGUAGGGAGGCUGAAAGUGCCCUUGCAGAUGCUUUGAGCUUUGAAGAAGAUUUCCAAAGAACCCCAACUAGGAAGACAAGUCGGUUGUUUGAUGAUCAUUCCGAUGAGAGUGAGACCUCUAGUAUUUGCUCUGAAAGGUCAUAUGAUUCCUAUCGCAGACCUUCAGAUUAUUGGACCAACUCUCAACAGAGACAUUUGCAGAAUAAUUUAUGGGAACAACCAAAGGGUAUAGGUGACUUCAUAUUAAGCUGUGCCAGCACCCACUGGCAAGACAGAAAGGAAGGUUUAGUGGGACUGCAAAGAUAUUUGCAGUCUGGGCACAAGCUCACCUUGCAGGAACUGAGACAAGUCACCAAUAUUUUCACAAAAAUAUUUAUGGACUCCCACACAAAGGUGUUUAGUUUGUUCCUUGACGCAGUCAACGAUCUGAUCACAAGUCACAACAAUGAUUUGCAUGACUGGCUUUACAUAUUAAUGACGCGAUUGUUCAAUAAACUGGGAACAGAUCUUUUAAAUUCCACCCACAAGAAAAUACACAUUGUUAUGGAAAACAUUAGAACCAAUUUCCCUGCAGAACUCCAGUUCGGUGCUAUCAUAAGGUUUUUGGUGGAUGCUACGCAAACUCCUAAUGUCAAGGUGAAGUUGGCUGCUCUUUGCUACCUAGCUCAGUUGGCAAACGCAAUGGACCCGACUGCAAUAGCUGGUGGUGGACGUGACACAAAGCCAGCACUCACUAAGAUAAUCAUGUGGACAAAUGAUCCUAAAAGCGCAGAAAUAAGAAGAGCAGCAGGUGCUGCUUUGAAUGCACUUUUCAAUCUGAAUGUUCCAGCGGUUACGAUUAUGCUCUCAGAAAUGCCAUCGGAUUACCAGGAUAUUGCCCAGAAAGUGGUUGCACAACAUUCUCGCUACGGAGGGGCUGACAGUUCGUUGCCAUCUUCCCCCAGAGUCGGAUCGCCCGGGACCCCAACACAGCGCUCUCUGAACAAGCACUUGGAUGACGAUGAUGAGAACUUGAAUGCCGAGGACAUCCACCGGUCCCUGCAGAGAACAACGGCGGAGAUUCAGAACUACAGCUUUGACGGUAGCAAAUUGCUAGACAGAGAUCGUGAUACCACAUCUCAAGAUUCAGGCAUUAGCCAAAUGUCAGCAGGUGGGCAUGGCGAUAAGUUGGAGGAGAAGUUUGAGGAAAUGACCAUCGCCACCAAGAAACUUCAAAGCAACGGUUGUAUGCAGUCGCCAGCAAGCAGAAACUCUCCCACCCUUCAAAGACUCACUUCGACCCCUCUAAGGGAAUUCAACGGUUUGGACAAAACUCCCAGUAGAGACGGUUCUUUUGAUGCCACUGACAAUGGCCUAGUGAACAGAGAGAAUCAUCAUCCCGAAAAUCCAGAGGCAUUUCAAAAAUUGAUGGAAAUAUUAGGCGUGGAAAAAGAAAUCGUUGGCAGCGGUGGAGAACGAGUUACCUCUCUGCAGCAGUUGGCCAGAGUAGUGAAAGAAGGCAAUGCCGCCACUAUCGUUGAAAAUUUCAAAUUGUUGCUGAGAGUUUUGUUGGAACAGCUGAGCAGUUCUGAUUCAAAUAUUAGAGUUCAGGUUUUACAAGUGUUGACCGAAAUGUUCCGCAAGUCCAGCCUCUCCACAAGUUUUACAAACUACGUUGAGCUGCUAGUUUUGCGAAUUUUGCAGUGUCACAAAGAUCCAGUGAAAGAUGUUGUUCGGGCCGCAGAGCAAUGUGCUGCUGCCAUGGUGACAGUCCUCUCAUGCGACCUGGUGAUUCGGGUGCUGAGCCCUCUGAUCACCACCGCUGAGUUUCCUCUAAACCAAGCCGCAAUCAAAAUGUUAAACCGCCUGGUGGAGCAGCAGUCCGGAGCCGAGGUCGAAGCGCAUCUUGGCGAUCUGAUGCCCCUUCUGCUGAAGGCUUAUGACAAUGACGAGAGCUCUGUGCGAAAGUCUGCCGUCUUCUGCUUGGUGGCCCUUCACAACUGCAUCGGAGAAGAUCCCCUUCAGCCACACUUGGUCAGUCUCACAGGCAGCAAACUGAAACUUCUCAACUUGUACAUCAAGCGAGCCAAGCAGGAGGCGAUGAACAACCAGCCUCCGUCAAGCACAACGCCCUCAACGUCGUCACCGGCAUCACCGAAGAAUAUGCCAGCGCUUUAGAUUAGAUUUGUCCGUUGAGGAAAUCUAAGACGAGCCUGCCUGCUUUUAUUUGGUUGAGAACGGCAUCUUAUGAUAUUCCCCGUCAAUGUUAAAACUUCAUAAAAGACAUAAUGCUAUAUAUUAAAAAAAAAAAUUAACUCAAAACACACUUUCAAAAAUACACUUUUUUGAGUGGCCCGCUUGAUAACUCUGGGAUGAAUGUCACUUCAACUAAUUACUGGCUUUCAAAAUCACUUGUGCGAUAUGAUUGACUGGGCUAAAGACUUAGAACCACUUUUUGCAUUUUGGUUGGGAUCAGUCUUGUGAUUAUAUCUGAUUGGGAUUAAUAUUUAAAUCAUUUACCAGACUUUCGACUGGACAUCCACCUCACUGUCUAACACUAGUCCUCUUGUAUCAAGAUUGGUUCUGACAUUUCCAACAGCCUUUCCCCCAUACUUAAAACGAUUGAUUGUUGAUUUCUUGUAUAAAAUGUAAUUUACUGUUAGCUCGUAAUUAACUUAGUUGAUACUUCAGUUCCUUAACCCAAUAAUUUAAAAUAAACAUUGUGUCACCACCUCUACUAGUUGCGAAAAAAAUGAAUCGAUUAACCAAGGUUGUGUCUCAAGAUGGAAAAUCCGCAAUCAUCUGAUUUCUCCUAAAUGAUCCCAGUUUAUUUUUUUAUUCUCACUAAUUCAUGGUGGCCAAAUGCCGACGAUAUCGCAAGCACAAAGGCUGAGAAGCUCAAAAUGUUGCUACUGAUAUCAUUUUUUGAAUCUUCAAUAAUUGCGUUUAUAACAAAAGAAUAAAAAAAAACUUUUUGCUGAAGCUAUUUAAUGUCAUCUGCCAGUUUUAGAUCACAUAGUUUUAUUAAGGCUACAUUGCUCUUGUAUUGCUAAAGUUACUAGAAAUUGAGUGUGGUGUAAUCAUAUGGCAAAUAAAAAAUGUUUUUAUUGAAACAUU